AUGGUGUGCGACCGAACUUCACCGACGGCUCACUCUGACUGGAAGCCCACCAUUGAUUGCGUGGACGGCCAAUGUGCUGGGGAAUCCGUUAUCAUUUAUAUCUCUUUGUGGGCGUGGAGAAGGAGUCCGACAGCCAGGUCGCGCAGAUCGCGCCUCCGUACAGAUGAUGUCGUGGGCGCCUACCCUGAAGAUGGCGGACCUACACGCCGUGAUGCGCGAUCUCUCCACACCACCGAGGCUGCGUGUCUCUCCGGUUCCUGUGCGCUAGCCGCGAGCUCUGGCGCCACGAGGGUGGCAGCCUUCGAUGAGAGCUCUCACACGGGAAGUGUCCGCUUACUGCAUGUGGCAGCAACUGGAACCACCCUCAUGUGCCAGAGCGCAUUGUCUGAAGCACCAGCGCGUGUGGGUUGUGAAGAGGAAAACUCGCGCGACGAGGCAGUGAUUGGCCGUAAAGCGGACAACAACGGCUUGUGUGCUCCUUCGAGCAUUCCCAGCAAUCCCACCUGCUAUCCUGGUCCGAGACCGUCCCAUAGAUCUCACGAUCUGAGCGCGCGAGUGGUGUGCAGACAGGGGAUCAUCUGCGACGAAGCUGUGGGAGCAGGCACGCUUUCAAGCUUCGCCUUGCCCCGGACUCAAUUCCUCAACUCUUCACACUGA